CUUCAGUGCACUUCUUCAUUUUUUUUCCACUAGCAGCCAUUGCUGGUUCUGUUCCUUUUUUUUUUUACAAGUGGAAACCAGGUUGGGGGGGGACUGGUUUCGGAACUACGUGUGUCUCUCAUUCGGCACACCCAAGGAUUACUUUUCUCAAGUUCUUUCCUAAGCGGUUUCAAUGUGGAUUUUUUUCUCACUUGCACAUUUUAAUUUAUUUUUUAUUUAAGUCAACAUGGACUCCAAUGCAAAAGCCGCUGUACUUUGAGGUUUUUGGUUUAAUGCUCAGAGGGCAGGACAAUAACGACACCACUCCGAGGAUCACAGGACAGCCAUCGAAAAUUGUAGAAUUUUUUUUCCCUGUCAUUUCUCAAUUGGACCUAAAUAAAUAAAGUGAAAUAAAAUUAUAAAAAACGAGGACGUUUCAGAAACUCUUUGCUUAAUCUGGAAACGCCUUGUGAAACGCAGAGCCACGUCCGCUUCCUGUUACUCUGUGACAACUUCCUGUUUUGUGGCGAGCUGACUGAAGGGAGGAAGCCCUCUCUUUCAGCCUGGUCGUCAUGGCGACUGCAGUUCAACCAAGCGAGUUGAUGUUUGAAUUUGCCAGCAAUGGGAUGGAUGAAAUCAACCAGCUUGACGACCCGUCUGUGUUCCCGGCAGUGAUUGUGGAGCAGAUCCCUGCUGCUGACCUCAUGCAGGUGUACUCAGGGCUGGAGUCAGACGAGGUCCCCAAUGGGAUCAUGGCAGACACCUCGCUGGAUGUUGCUGAAGAACAGAUCAUUGGCGUGAACAUUGGACUCUCAGUGGAAUCCUCCUGCCCCGAUAACGAGGAGACGAUGGAAACGAUAGAGGCUGCAGAAGCACUUUUGAACAUGGAGUCGCCCAACAACAUCCUGGAUGAGAAGCGCAUGCUUCAUGGCUAUGGCACUCUGCUGGGCAGUGAACUCACCUAUGUGUCACUGCGGCCCGAGCAGCUCCAGAACAGCUUCAAUGGAAUAGAUGUGUCCUUUGAUGAGGAGGAAUCCAUGGAUGAAAUCCCACAGAAGAGCCCCAGUAAACCUCACAGGAAAAAGAAAGUUCGGAAACCGAGACCAGUCCGUCCCUGUUCCCCUGUGAGUGCUCCCAGCCUUCCUCUGAAGAAGAAAAGCAAGGAUGGAAAAGGGAACACAAUCUACCUGUGGGAGUUUCUCCUUGCGCUGCUUCAGGAUAAGAACACGUGUCCCAAGUACAUCAAGUGGACCCAGAGGGAAAAGGGCAUUUUCAAGCUGGUGGAUUCCAAAGCUGUAUCCAAACUCUGGGGCAAGCACAAAAAUAAGCCUGAUAUGAACUACGAAACGAUGGGCCGGGCCCUCAGGUAUUAUUACCAGCGUGGCAUCCUAGCGAAAGUGGAGGGCCAGAGACUGGUGUACCAGUUCAAAGAAAUGCCCAAGGACCUGAUAGUAAUCGAUGACGAGGACAACCAGGGCUGUGAUUCCAUUCCCGGUCACAUGGUGAACCACUCCGUCUCCCCGGGGGGCAGGGGAGGGCAGCGCGGGACGCCUCGCUCCAGCCAGGGAAGGACCCCCCCGCAGCCGGUCCUGAUGCGCUCAGUGAAACAGGAGCAGACCUCCGGGAUGGUGUUUCAGGAGGUGAACGGGAGGCUGUCGGGGGAACAGCUCCUGCAAACUGUACACGUCCUGCAGCCGAACCAGGGAGCAGCCGUCCCUGCACCAGCUCAAACACAUACAAUCAGGGCCAUCAAUGUGCCAGCAUCAGCCCAGGCUAGCUACCCUAUGAUGCUCACCUCAGGAACUCAAGGUGGGGGGACUGUGACUCUGCAGACUGUGCCUCUGACCACUAUGUUGGCCAACGGAGACACUGCAACCUCUCCUACACAGAGGGUGAUCCUUCACACAGUGCCCUCAUCUACCCCGGGGCUCAAAGACAUGGUGUUCCAGACAGCAUUAACCUCCACAGCCAGUGGUGCUUCUGAGAACCUCCAGCAACAACAGCAGCUCUUGGUCACCAGCCUUGGCUCCUCAUCUGGUGGUCUGAUCAACACCAUGGCCCAGUCCAGCUCCUUGAACGGCAUCACCCGCCUGGUCACGCUCAACGCCAGCGGGCAGCCUGUAGUGGCACAACAUCCUGGCACAGUCAUCGCCACCGUCAUCAAACCCAGCGAGAUGAACGGCAUCCACAUCAAAGAGGAGAUCCUGGACACACAGUACCUGCAGUCCCUGGUCAACGGCGAUCUCACCGCUGACUCCAAUAAUGGGGCAACUAAGAAAGGAUCUGCAGAUGGAGCAGGGAUGGAGUUCAGUUACCGAACCGUCAUCAUCACAGGAGCUCAGGACACCAGCCAAGUACUGGCAGCCGAGCUCAAUGGACAUUCGGAGGGUGAAGAACAGAGCAGAAGCCCUACGGUUGGUCUUACGCCUGUGGAAGAACUGGAAGUCAAUGGGGAAUUGGCGUUGGAGCCUGACCAUAGACCAACACAGCACAAUUCAGCCCCACAGGGCCUCUCCCAUGGGAUGGAAGAGGUCCAGCAAAUACAACUGACCAGGUGCCCGCCUCUGGCUGUUCAAGUCAGUUCUGCCUCCUUUGCCUCUGUACAGAUAAAGCAAGAACCUUUGGACACAUAAAGAGGGACUUUUCUUUACUAAAAUAAACAUAACAAGAAAAGCCUGGUCAGUCUCCUAUAAAAAUGACUCUUAAUUUAUUGCUCUUAAGAAUAGGUCAGCUAUUGGCCUAAUGGACUUCGGUUUACUUUCAGUAAAAAUACUGUGCCUAAAGUGCUUAACAUAAGAUAUUGGCGUAGACAUCCUAAAAUAUACAGCUUAGUUGUGUGUCCCCUUCCUCCCCAAUGUUAAAAACCACAAGGAGAACAGCCAUCUCAGGACCAGAACAGAUUCACCAGUUGUGCCAGUUGACAAAUUAGUUGGUAUUAUCUUCAGUUCUCUACCAGCGUGACUUAAAAUGGACUUUGUGAGUUUACACUGUGAAAGAAAAUAAAAGAUUCCCAUAUGCAUGGGGUGUAUACUGCAUUAUGUGAAAGAAACCAAAAAAAAAGCUUCUUAGAUUUGAAGGCCAAAAUGUUAUCAGAUGUAUUUUUUUUAUCUGGACAAAACAUGCUGCGUUUCACUUACAAUCCUACAAUGUUCUUCUAAAACUCAUCAGGACUAGGAGUUGUGUGUUUUUAUUAAGACAACUCGCUCGCAGUCAGAACUAUUAAAAAUGCAAGCCAUUUUAAAUAAGUUCCGUCGCAAACGAUUGCAGAAGAAUUUUUUUAUAUGAAAACCUUUUAUGCAGUUGAAGCAGGGCUUCCAGUCAAGUGUUCGAUCUGGGGGUGCUAAGCCAAAUGGGAUUGUAUUUACUCCUUCUUACUCUCACACCGGAUUUUCCAAAAACGGGGUUUAAUGUGAACCCCAAUUUGGACAGGACUCCCCCUUACUCCACAGUGGCUUUACAGAAGUCCCCCUGUGCUUUUCAGAUGCCCCUCUAUGCCUCACCUGCUUCACAAGGCUCCAGAGUUGGAGAAGUGGCCUUCUUGUCGAUGUGGUUGCCAUGGGUACUGGCAUUUUAUGUUCUCUGAGACAUUGGUGUGUGUGUACAUAGCCAUAGACAUUGACUUCAGUGCAGCUGAUAGGGUUAAGAAAAGACUGCUACCUCUGCUUCUUAACUCGAGUCAAUGUCACAUUUCACAGCUUUAAGAAAUGUUAAUAAGAAAGGCAGAUAUAUAUAUAAAGAAAUAUAGAAGAGUGACAAAAUCUUAAGCCAUGGGUUUAUUUAUUUUAGCAAAUUCUAGAACUCUAUAUUAAAAUAAAUAAAUACAUAUCAGGGGGCACGUUUUGUCAAGAUUGUAAAUAACCAGUAACAGAGAGAAAAUGUCUGCGGAUAAUAUUAUUAUUAUUGUUGUUAUUAUUAUUAUUAUUAUUACUACUAUAAUACUAAUAAUAAAAAUACAUGAUGCAGUUCUUUUAAAAUGCCACUGCUUUUUCAUUUUAAAAUACAGUAAGAAAAAAGAAAGCUGGCAGAUUUUUAUAAGCAUUCCAAUCCAGAUACUGUAAUCAUCAGUUUGUUUGUUUUUUUAGUUUUGUUUUUUAAAUAUAUUUUCUUACUUUUUUAAAAUCAGAGCAAAAAACUAAAUGUGAAGCUGGGACCCUUUUCUAUGCAAAGUUAUCUUGCAGUUGUUUUGUCUGUAAAUAUUUUAUGUGGCGUGUCAAGAUUCUGUUCUGUUUACCUGCUGUGUCUUCAUUGGGUUAGCAGUACAGCUGACAUAACCCUAUCACCAUGUCAACAGUGUGCCCAAAUACAGCAAGACUUUUUCAUUGGGCACUUAUGCUUUAACCCCCCCCCCCCCCAAAUAAAUACAAUACAUUUAAAAAAAAGAAAACCCUCAUUCAUUUUGAUUUGCUUAGACAUUACACUGACUCUACUUAACAUAACCCACCUUAGUCAACAGGCAAAACACAGAUAAGCAUAAAAACUACAUAAGUUGUAUAUAUCAUCUGUACACAAAUCCUACAUCCCUGAAAUAUAAAUGUGUGAACCCAGGUUUCUUUUUGUAUAACUUUUUAUUGGGCCAACUUGUGUUACAAAAUUUUCACAAGCUUGGUGAGCUCAAAAUUGAAUACCUAGUUCUGUUCACCAGGGGGCGGUGGAGGACAGGCACAGACUGAAAUGCUAUUAGAAGUCAAUAGGGGUGGCCCCGCCCCUAUAGGGAGAGCUUAUCCUGUGACAAUCGGCACUGGAUCUGUAUUUGGUGCCUAGAGCACUUUGACUUGGCUCACCUGUUGAGUUGGGGGGGGGGGGGGGGGGUUGGGAAACACAACCAAACAGAUUUGUUGAUAGUUCCAUAUACAAUAGAUGAAGAAAAAGUGAUUAGAACUUAAAAAAUAAAGACAUUUACAAUACACAGUAUUGUAGAGUACAGUACAGGGUAAAUAUAUAUAUAUAUAUAUAUAUAUACACACAGACUUUUUCGGCUAGAGCCUUCAACAGUGAACUGUUUGUAUUUUAGAGAUGUGUGUCUUAUUGUAGUGUAAGAAAACACCCACUCUUCCACACUUCCUGUAAUACCCCCAAACCUCUCCAUACAACAAGCCGGUCUGAGCUACAAGCAGACCCGCCCUCAGUGGGACCUGUGCCGCUGUUGGUCUUGCAGUAGGUGAUAUGGCAGCUGUGUCUUUCUUUUUCUGCACUAGUUUGAGCUCUGGUUUGCUUUGCUUUUAAGAAUAGAAAGUAUUGUAGUGAAUUUUUUUGAGUAUAAAAAUAAAACUUCUUUGCUUUAAGAAAAAAAAAAAAAA